AUGCCGGCAAAAUCCAAAAAAAACCCUGAAAAUAAUAUAAACGGACUUCGUCAUAGUAGAAAACUAACAAAUGAUAUAACAGAACGUACACAACGAAUUGUAUUAGAAAAAUUUACUGAUGAACAAUUGACAGAAUUUCGAGAAUUAUUUGAUAUGUUUGAUAAAGAUAAUCAAGAAAUGUUAACAUUACAAACACUUGUUUCUGUUAUGAAAACAGUUGGUCAUUCACCAACAGAAUCAGAUAUGAUUGAUUUAAUGCGUGAAAUUGAUAUUGAUAAUUCUGGUACAAUAGAUUUUUAUGAAUUUGUAAAUAUUAUUUCACAUAAUAUGUAUCCAAAUGAAACAAAUCAAGAAAUUCGACAAGCAUUUGAUUUAUUUGAUCAAAAUCAAGAUGGUUUAAUAACAUUUGAUGAUCUUAAAUUAACUGUUGAAAAAUAUUUUGAAAAUUCAAUAAAUGAUUUUGAAUUAUAUCAAAUGAUUGAAUUAGCUGAUCGUCAUGGAUUUGGACAUGUAUCAUUUGAAGAUUUUCUUCAUGCAGCUGUUUGUCGAAAUGAUAAGAAACGAAGUAAUAUCAACACUUAA